UCCAUGUGGCUAAGUGAGCUUGAUUGCGCUUCGAAGCUCGUGAAAACUGUGCGGCAAAUUUGUGAGCGCGUUUGUGUAGUGUACCAAGAAGUUAUGUGUUUAUGAAACAGUGCUUACGUGCAUGUUAUCAUUGGAGCAAUUGCUGAGGUAUUUUAAAUAUAUUAUCCCUGUUUCUCCAGUCCUCGUCUCUGCGCGAUUCGGCGGCUCCAGUGACACUCCCAUCCUGAGGCAUUAUUGCUGUGACAUACUGUUGUGAUACUCCGUAACUACUCAUCAGGACUGGAAAAAAAUUUUGAUCAGCUGUCACGAUGUCCACGGCACUGCGCUUGCCACCGGCAAAGGUUCUUAUGAAGUGGGAUUCAACUCGACUCUCCAAAUGGUUGGCGAAGAAUGGAUUCGAAGAUUUAUCUGCAGCAAUCACGUCCAAACAUCUGGAUGGCAAAGGCCUGUUGGAUAUGCAAGUGGAUGCGAUUCUGACCAUCUUUUCUGAAGCCCGACUCAGUCGACGAAAGCAGCUGGCAAAAUGCGUCACAGAAUGCAAGACACAGGCCGCCAAUGCGAAACACUUGGUAGGUGACAUGAAGCAUUCUGUAGCCAGACAGAAGACAAACUGCGAGGUCUCGUCUGGCGGUCAAGACGACGACGAGGAUGAUGACGAGGAUUGGAGUUGGGAUACCGACUUCGAUGACUCUGAGCCAGAAAAUGAUGUACCGCCCCCGGUGUCGGACGUGAUGCCAGUAGUAAAUUAUGGUGCAUUGAAUGGCGUUAAUAAAGCCGACUCUACCUAUUCUCCAAACGGCUCGGAGGGCAAGGAGGAAUGCACAUCCGUCAGUAGCAUUAGUUCAGAAGCGUCCUCGUACGCGUCAGGUUCCUCUGGUAGUAUACAGCCCACAACGGCCAAGAGGGUCAUUCCAAAACCACCCGAUGGCCCCGCUCUUCCAAGGCCUCCUGAAGGCAGGCCCGUCCUGCGACCUGGUGUAAGACCUGUCGUUAGGCGUCCGCCGAGUCAUCCUCCGCCUCCCCCGGUGCAAAAUGACCAAAAUACUUGUUCUUCCCCGGACGCUUCGGAAGAUUACGAGGUUCCCAUCUCCCAUCCUCCCAGUGCACGCGGUUAUCCUCCUCAAUAUAAACCUGACAAUAGACCGCCGACUUCAAAGCCAUACACGCCAGAAGAUACGGACGGUAGCCAAGAUUACGCCCACGUGGAUUCAUUGACUGAGGGAGGAGACUACGAGAUAGUCGGAGAAUCACCGUGGCAACCACCCACUCCUCCGUGCGUUCCCCCGCCGAUACAUGGCAAUGUGCCCCUACCCCCGCGGGUGGGGGGACAGCAGGUCCUACCUUUCCCGCCGCCUCCAUUGCCCGUGAAACCAGCACACAUUCGAGAGUUGGUCUCUGGUGGUGAGAACAGGCAAAAGCCAGAUAAGAUUUCCGUGGCCAAACCGAACGGGCAGCAUGCAGUACUGCAAUCACAGCCUUCGUCCAAGAAGAAUUACGAAGACACAUCUACCUUAGCAGCCUUAAUUGCAAAGAGACCGUUGCCUCCUGUGCCACCAAGCCUUACAGAAGCUGCCCCGUCGCCUGUCCCUCCACCUGUACCCCGUAUUCCAGUGGAAGAGGAGACUUUGGAAAGCUAUCCUUGGUUCCAUGACAUUGAGAGGGAGCAAGUUGAUUUUUACCUGAGGGACCGUGAAGAUGGUGCAUACCUGGUGCGCGUGAGCAAACGUGGGGGUGACAAUAACCCCUAUACCCUCAGCAUCUUCUACAAGGACAGGAUCUUCCAUCUGAACAUUCGAAGAAGAAAUGACAAUACGUAUGCGUUGGGCACUGAGAAGCCAAUGGAGAAGACGUUCACAAGUAUUCCUGAAUUGAUAGAAUACCAUCAACAGGAGCCCAUCAUACUUACUUCGAAAGGACGACCAGCUGGGCAGACCUCUCUUGUUGUGACACCACACCCCGCGAGAAUUGAACCCUCACGAUGAAGUGCCAUUCACAUACUCUGCUUUGUGCCUACUGAGUGCAACUUCAGUGUGAAAGAAUUCCCUUAUUUACUUUCAUUCAUGUUUUAGCAGUGCCACUUGCAGGUGUAUUUAAGAAUACGUCAGAUGUUUCCACAUGCUCUCCAGCAUUUGCAAUGGUUGUUAGCUGUCUGUUGAAGAGAAGAAGUUUAAGAAAAUGUGUAAAAAGAGAAAACUAUUAUAGCUAUCUGCUGUUAUGGUUGAUGUGUUGCUUUUCAUGUUUAUGGUGCUCGUGUUAAGAGGCUAACAUUACCUUUUGUCUGUUGUGUAACUUUUUCCACAGUGUACUGAGCGUAUGUAACAUCUACUGCUGCUUACUUUAGAUGUAGAUACUGUAAGGGCAGUAGUGCAGACACUAUCCAGAAUUUGUGGUAUUGGUGCUUAAUUGCCAUUCAGUCGCAGAAGGAAGAAUGUACAUAAUUUAUUUUAUUGCCUGUUUGUUCUCGUCUGGUGAAACCUUGGUGCUUUGGUCAAAGUUGUGCGUCGAGUAUCUCUCUUAACACAUUUCUAGUCUUUUGUUAUUACAGACAGCAUAUAGAACAAAGUUGUGUUUUGCAAAUCAAUUGAGGAUUGCUGUGCAAACCUGCUGGAUGGCCUGUAAUGUUGCCUUGGAAUAUAUUUGGUGGAUUUACGUUUUUUUCCGAAAAAUAAAUGUUUUAAGUGAAAACUGUAAGGUUCUAAAUUGAAGUUUA